AUGUCCUCAUCCGACGAAAACUACGAAAACUACGACCUAUUCAAAACCAUGCUGAGCCAGGUAGUCCAGCGCCACGCACCCCCAGCCAUCCCGACAGAAACGAAGACGAAAACCGCACCCAACGCUCCUGAACCAGGACUCGACCUCUACAUCGCCAUGUCCAACCGCAAGAACUGCCCGGAGCACUGGGCCCUCCUGCUCUGCGAACAGGGCGCCCCCCGCGGCAAGCGCUUCCACAUCGUUGUAAGCCGCGGCCCCGACCUCAACAAGUAUAAGUAUCCCCCCUCCGUAAUGAUCCCCACGGUCCAUAUGAACAAGCGCAUUGACAGCCAGUACAUGCCAAUCACGGAGAAACUGGCGACGAUCUCCGCGGACGAUGAGCUGAAGGUUUGGAACGCGCAUAGGAAGGUCAAGCCGCGCCAUUGCCAGCAGUAUGUUGUUGCUCUCUUGGAGGAGCUGGAGCGUGGUGGGUUGGUGGGUAAGGGGACGGCGGAGAGGUUUCGGGCGCGGGUUCAGGUUUGUGUGUUUGAGGGGCCGGUGAGGAGGAUUGGUGAAGGGGAGUGGGUGAGGUUGGAGGAGGAGUUGGGGUAUACGGCUGCUAUUGAGAAGGUGCAUAGGAUUCAGGGGUGGUUGAAGGGGUAUACGGGGAGUGGGGUGUGGAAUCUCGAUUAA